AAACCGACAAGAAGAAAAAAGAGGCUUCAUUUGAAUGUCUUCAUCUCAACAUCCGCUCUGCAGAACGAUGUAACGCGUGGCGCGGGUCUGAUGACGGGCUGAUGCGGGGCUGAUGUGGAGCUGUCCGCGGUGCUGAAAUCGAGCGCUUCGGUCCCACAGCUACAUUUAUAGACGUGAAUGCGCGACCAGCGGAGGACAUUCACAUCUAGCCAGCGUGGAAAGGAUGAGGAGGAAUUUCAUGCCCACUCCGCUGCUCAUAUUAAGCUGUUUUGGAGCGUCGUGGGUCUUGGCUGACAGCUUGGCUGCUCCAGUGAACGUGUCCAUCAGAGAUCUAAAGGGCAGCUCUGCUGUGGUGACAUGGGACAUCCCAGAUGGGGAGCCAGUCAUUGGCUUCGCCAUCACACAACAGAAAAAAGAUGUUCGCAUGCUGCGCUUUAUCCAAGAAGUGAACACUACCACGCGGAACUGUGCAUUGUGGGAUCUGGAGGCAGAUACGGACUAUAUAGUGCAUGUUCAGUCUAUCAGUACAAGCGGGCCGAGUCCCCUCAGUGAACCGCUGCAUUUCAAAACCCCCAAAGAAGUUGAAACACAGGCCUCCAAGAGCAAAGACGAAGUGACCAUGGAAGAAGUGGGUCAGAACGCUCAGCUCCGGGCAGGAGAGCUCAUCAUCAUUGUGGUGGUUCUGAUUAUGUGGGCAGGUGUGAUUGCGCUCUUCUGCCGUCAGUAUGACAUCAUCAAAGACAACGAGCCCAACAAUAACAAGGAUAAAGCCAAGAACUCGUCCGAAUGCAGCACCCCUGAGCAUCCAUCAGGAGGUCUGCUGCACAGUAAGGUAUAACCACUGCCCUAUGAGAGUUCAGACAGCACAGGCAGUUCCCCAAGAACAACAACAAUAACCGAACGC